UACAGGUCUACAGGUGUGCGCGUGUCCAGGUGUGCAGGAUGUUUACAGCUGAUCAGCAGAGAGAUUUGGCGCAGAGACUCACCUCCUUCCUGUCAGUCUACAGCCGGCUGUCUGACUCCUUUAUAAUCGAGUUCUUCACUGAGGAUCUGUGGCAGACUUUGCCCGUCAGCUGGCAGCCGGCGCUGCAGGACCUGACGUACCCUCAGAUCGCAGACCUGUUACUGGAUGCUGCACAUGGAGAGCGCAAAUACCCCUCGGUGUGGCCUUUGUCUUUGGCGUUCAGGGCCACGGCUCACGCUCUGGCGUUUCCCAGAGAGAAUCGGCGUGAGCGUGAGCGAGGCGGGGCGGCCGGCUCGCUGAAGCCAGAGGAGUUCCUGGAAAACCAAAGUCAGAGUUCGCUGCUGGGACACAUCUUCAGGAAACACGUCAAACCCAAAAAACAGCACGAGAUCCGCAAGCUGGGCAUGCUGGUGAAAACACUGUGUGAGCGCGCUGAGUGCAGCCGUGUGGUGGACGUGGGCUCCGGACAGGGUCACCUGACUCGCUUCCUGUCCUUCGGGCUCGGACUGUCUGUGACCGCCAUCGAGGCCGAUCACAACCUGGUUGCUAUGGCGUCCAAGUUUGACGGACAGUUGCUGUGGGCCCUGGAGAAGGAAAAACAGAAAAAGAGCUGCUCCUUUGCUGUCCUGGCGUCACACUCCUCUCCCCGCCAUGUGGCCGGCUGGGUGAACCCCAAAGCAUCAUGGGAGGCCUUCAUCGAGCAGCUGAGUGCAGCAGAUUGUGUCUUUGACGGUCCCUCAACACCGUCAGGACCCUCCAAAAAGAGACUGCGGGGCUCUGAGCGUCAGGGGGUCCAGACUUCACCACCUCCAGGUUCCUCAGACUCUGACAGCCGCUCCCUGGACUUGACGCCAAAACACCCGUUAAAGGAGUCUGAGGAUGAGUCGUCUGCGGAGAGCUGCCGCUCGUGUGUCCGGCCCGUGUGUCAGGAGGCGGUACGUCUGCAGGAGCACGGCCAGCGACACCCAGACUUUGUCCUGACCGGUCUGCACGCCUGCGGUGACCUCAGCGCCACCCUUCUGCGCCACUUUGUGCACUGCCCUCACGUCCGUGGCAUCACCUCUGUGGCGUGCUGCUACAUGAAGAUCACCACCAGAGAAAACCCGACGCCUCCCGGGCUGGUUGCAGCUCCACAGACGCCGGGCCAAGACCCGCUACCCGCAGAGUUCGGAUACCCGAUGAGCUCCUGGGUGGGGGAGCUGCCGGGCCACCAGCUGUCCUACAAGGCGAGGGAGGGGGCGUGUCACGCUGUGGAGGACUACGUCCGGAGGCUGCGGGAGGAGAGCGAGCUGCUGAGGACCCACUGUUACCGGGCGAUGCUGGAGACCUUCAUCAGGGACACGAGGCCGGAUCUGCGCCGGGCCGGGAUCCAGACCAUAAAGAAAGCCCACCUGCUGCCGUUCACCGAGUACGCCCGUCUGGGUCUGGCUCGGCUCGGCCUGCCGCCCGGCCUGCCUCUGGACCCGCAGCGGGUGGAGCGGAUGCUGCAGCAGCAGGGCCGGGUGGUGGUCUACUUCAGCCUGGCGCUGCUGCUGGCUCCUGUGGUGGAGACGCUGGUGCUGCUGGACAGGAUGAUCUACCUGCAGGAGAACGGUUUGGUCAGUCAGCUGGUUCCUCUCUUCGACCCAAACUUCUCUCCAAGAAACUUUGUGCUGGUGGCUCUGAAGCCGCGUGGAUGAGGAGGAGAAACCUCACGAAUGACUCUUUGGUGCUGCAGCUGUUGUACUUUUUUUCCCCAACAGGUCAUUGCCAUGGUAACACCUGCUUUAGAUGGACAGAACGACGGCCUUGGUCUCAUCUUAAUCCUGGUAACACAGCUGCCCGGAUUACCGGUGCACCGUGACCUCGGGCGUUUGAAUCCUUUGCUUCCCGGGACAAAGCUGCCGACCGGUUCACCUGCCGCUCAGCUGAUGGAGAGAUAA